CAGGUGCAAGCAUACACCUUCCAUAAACUAGUGAUUGCAUACGGUCGUGAGCGUGACCAGCAGCUAAUUGUGUCUUUCCGACCUCGCAACACCACAAAUGAUCGCUUCAAUCUGAACUUUGGACAGACUCUUCCUAUCUCGAUUUAUGACUCUCCUGAGGUGAAUUUGCAAGAAACAACGCGAUGGAACGCGCAUUGUAUGAUGGCAACCAUUUUGAAGGAAAAGUUUAACGCGAAGUCCGACUUGACUGAGCUCGUGCAUUAUUUGGUGACCACAAGUGAACCUCUACACUCGUUGGCAUUCUUCAGUAGGAUACGAUUUCAAUCAUGUAAAGUGCUGGCUCAGUUGUUUAACGUCGAGAUACCGUAUCCGCUCAUUUUGAAGUUCCAUCUCAUGCCUAUCAAUGAGGUUACCUUGCGCUUAACAUAUGGGCAUAUCCACUUGGAGUUCAUCAUGUUAUCAGGAGAUCAAGUGGCUAUCCGAGAUAGUUCUCGUGACAAACCUCGUUGUGCAGGACUCCACAAGUUUUUUCAUCUUUUGUCGAAUGGGACUGCUAGAUCAUGCAAGGAAAAUGAACAGCGUUUCGUUUCGACUAGUUCUCCUGCUCAGCCAGCAUCAUUGCCACCAAAUGUGAGUACAAGUAACCAAAUAGAUACGAAGUUGUAAGU